CUGCUUCUGAGGGGUUUUCUAGAAGACAGGAUGUUACACUCAACUUUGACCAUCUGCCUCUUGCAUGUCACAGUUUCUUCCAACCUGGCCAUUGCAAUCAGAAAGGAAAAAAGACCUCCUCAGACACUUUCAAGAGGAUGGGGAGAUGACAUUACUUGGGUACAAACUUAUGAAGAAGGUCUAUUUCAUGCUAAAAAAAGUAACAAACCACUGAUGGUUAUCCACCACUUGGAGGACUGUCAAUAUUGCCAAGCACUAAAAAAAGUAUUUUCCCAAAAUGAAGAAAUUCAGGAAAUGGCUCAGAAUGAUUUCAUCAUGCUGAAUCUUAUGCAUGAGACCACUGAUAAGAACUUGUCACCGGAUGGGCAAUAUGUGCCUAGAAUCAUGUUUGUUGACCCUUCUCUCACAGUUAGAGCUGAUAUAACUGGAAGAUAUUCUAAUAGAUUGUACACAUAUGAACCCCAGGAUAUGCCUGUAUUGAUAGAAAACAUGAAGAAAGCCUUAAGACUUAUCCAAUCAGAGUUGUAA